GGGGCGGCCCCGGCCACUUCCUGCCCCCGCCCCCUCCCGCCGCCGGCCCCGCGCGCGCCGCUGCCCGCUCCCACCGGCCCCAGCCCCGCCGCCAUGUCGUUUCGGAAGGUGGUGCGGCAGAGCAAGUUCCGGCACGUUUUCGGGCAGCCGGUGAAAACGGAGCAGUGCUACGAUGACAUCCGCGUCUCCCGCGUCACUUGGGACAGCACCUUCUGCGCCGUCAACCCUUCCUUCGUCGCCAUCAUCGUGGAGGCCAGCGGUGGCGGCGCCUUCCUCGUCCUACCCCUGCACAAGACCGGGCGCAUUGACAAGUCGUACCCCACGGUGUGCGGGCACACGGGCCCCGUCCUCGACAUCGACUGGUGUCCCCACAACGACUAUGUCAUCGCCAGCGGCUCGGAGGACUGCACCGUCAUGGUCUGGCAGAUCCCCGAAAAUGGGCUCAGCCAGCCGCUGACGGAGCCGGUGGUGGUGCUGGAGGGGCACUCGAAGCGCGUGGGCAUCAUCGCCUGGCACCCCACCGCUCGCAACGUCCUGCUCAGCGCCGGCUGCGACAACGUGGUGCUGAUCUGGAACGUGGGCACGGCGGAGGAGCUGUACCGCCUGGAGGGGCUGCACCCCGACCUCAUCUACAGCGUCAGCUGGAGCCGCGACGGCGCCCUUUUCUGCACCGCCUGCAAGGACAAGAGCGUCCGCGUCAUCGAUCCCCGCCGCGGCACCGUGGUGGCCGAGAAGGAGCGGGCGCACGAGGGGGCUCGCCCCAUGCGGGCCAUCUUCUUGGCUGACGGCAAGAUCUUCACCACCGGUUUCAGCCGUAUGAGCGAGCGGCAGCUGGCGCUGUGGGACGUGGACAACCUGGAGGAGCCCAUGGGGCUGCAGGAGCUGGACUCCAGCAACGGGGCUCUGCUGCCUUUCUACGACCCCGACACCAACGUGGUCUACGUCUGCGGCAAGGGCGAUUCGAGCAUCCGGUACUUUGAGAUCACGGAGGAGCCACCCUACAUCCACUUCCUCAACACCUUCACCAGUAAGGAGCCCCAGCGGGGCAUGGGUUGGAUGCCCAAGCGCGGGCUGGACGUCAGCAAGUGCGAGAUCGCCAGGUUCUACAAGCUGCAUGAGCGCAAGUGCGAGCCCAUCAUCAUGACGGUGCCAAGGAAGUCGGACCUGUUCCAGGACGACCUGUACCCCGACACGGCGGGCCCGGAGGCGGCGCUGGAGGCGGAGGAGUGGGUGGCGGGGCAGACGGCGGGGCCGGUGCUGGUGUCCCUGCGCCAGGCCUACGUCCCCAGCAAGCAGCGGGACCUCAAGGUGAGCCGCCGCACCCUCCUCCACGAGAGCUGCCCCCCUGCCUCCACCGCCGGCCCCACCACGCCGCCCCCCACGCCCCCCACCGCGCCCGCCCCCGCCCGCCUCAGCGCCCCGCCGGCCCUCGGCACCGGCCCCUCUGCACCCACGGGGGGCGGGCGGCUGGAGGAGGUGCUGCAGGAGGUGGCCGCGCUGCGGGCGCUGGUGGCGGAGCAGGGCCAGCGCAUCGCCCGCCUGGAGGAGCAGCUCAGCCGCCUCGAGAACGGCCACGUCUAGGGACCCGCUGCCCCCCCCCUCAGGGACCACCGCGGCCGGGUACCCCCCCCUCCCCCUUCCGCCUGCCAGGGACCACGCCCCGAGCCCUCCCAUACCCCUGGGGUGUCCCCCUCACCCCGCUGCCGGGUCCUUCUCCCGUUGGAGGGCUGGCCGCCCCUCCGGCAGCUCCCCCCUCACCCCCAUUGCCUUACUGGGUGCUGCCCCCGCCGCAAAUCAUGGACCAUUCCUGCCCCCCUUCCAUGUCCUCAGGCUGGGGGCUGCUCCUGGGAUCAAACACUACCCCCUGCACCCCCCCCUCCCUGGGUGGGAUGGGGUCCUCCCCCCUUCCUGUGGGGCAGGGCAUGAUCUGCCCCCCCCAAACUGUGGAUUAUUGUCCCCCCUAUAUUUUGGGGGCUUCUUCCCCCUCCCUUCCUGCUCCAUCCCAUGUCCCGUCCCCCCCCCCCUUACAGUGCAGGGUCAAAAACUAUAUUUUCACUCCAAAUAAAGGACUUUAUAAGAAAA